UCCGCUUCCGCCGGCCGGAGGUGGGAAAGAUGCCGGCGGAGGAGAAACGGUGGGAGACGUUGGAGGCUUUGCGUAACUCGGGGAAAGGGCGGCUGCAGUACGACUCGCGAUGGCUGGAGGAGGGAGAAGAUCUUGUACAGCAAUGCAGAUCUUCUCCCAAACUCACUGUCAGCUCAGCAUGGGUUCUGGACCACCUUUUCCAACCAGACACCGAAACCAACACCUCCGAGCAUUUAACACCCCUGAUCUAUGGCCUCACAAAUGAUGACCAGCUCCAGAAGCUGUCUGUUCCUCCUCCAGACCCAAGAACAAAUGAUGAAACAGCUAAUGAUACUGUUCAGCAGGAGGUGGUGCAAGAGCUGACUCCAGAACAUACACUUUUGCUCCUUUCACCUGAAGCUACCCAGAUUGAAGGCUAUGUUAAAAAGUUUGAGGAAGCCCACAGAAUCAAGAGCCAUGCUGAAAUGAAGCAUCGCCAGGAACUGCAUCAGAAAAGUGUUCAGAGUUAUUCAAACACAGCAGCUGAGCUGUUGAAACGAUUUGAAGAAUCCCUGGAGCUUGAACAGCGACAAGAAUAUGAGAAGAUGCGUGACAUGAUGGAGAAAGGGUCACUUGAAGCCCAAGGACGUCAAGAAAAGUUAAAGGAAGAACACCGUCGCAGAGCUAAGAAUCUAAAUCUGAAACUUCGAGAAGCUGAGCAGCAACGACUGAGACAGGAGGAGCUCGAACGUCAGAAGCAGGCAGAAAGCCGGGAACGAGUGCGGAAGCUGAACUGCAUUCAGGCUGAGGUGUUGCAUUUGAAUAUGCAGAUUGAGCCAUACUUCAAGCAGAAGGAGCUGGUGGGGUUGGACCUUUCAGGAUACAGUAACCGCGGCAAUCAACUGUGUAGCCUGGUGUCAGGAGUGAUUAAGCUCACAUCAGAGGGUGGAGUGCCACUUCAGGAGGACAUUCUGAAUGCGGAGAGAGCUUUGACACAAAUGCGAGAACUGAUCGCUGACAUGCAUGAGAAAAUUGCUGCAGCAGCUGCUGAGAAAAAGAGGAUAAAGGAGGAAGAGGAGAAAGCACUUAAGAAAAAGCAAGAAGUCAAAGCUGAAGUAGAAAAACCAGUGCCACAAGAGAGAACCACUCGUAAAGAAGGGCUACAGAUAAAAGCAGAUGCAAGCAGUAUGCAGUGGUAUCAACAUUUGCAGGAUAUUUGUGACCAAUGUGCGGUAUCCAUUAAUGAUCUUAACAACAGUAAGGAUUUCAAGGUGAAGAAGAUUAAAAUGGACCUUCAAAAAGCUGCAACCAUUCCUGUUGGUCAGAUCUCCUCCAUCGCAGGGUCCCACCUGCGUGAAAUCUUUGAAAAAAUCAAUAAUCUGCUGUUGGGUAAACAAAUAUCAUCAGGUGGGAAGACGGUGGCGAUUUCUCAACACCCACAAGGGAAGGAUUUUGUCUGUUAUAAACUAGCAGAAAAAUUUGUGAAACAAGGGGAGGAGGAAGUCGCAUCUCACCAUGAAGCUGCAUUUCCAAUAGCAGUGGUUGCUUCAGGCAUUUGGGAGUUUCACCCGAAGGUUGGAGAUCUUUUCUUGGCCCAUUUGCACCGAAAGUGUCCAUACGCAGUACCGUUUUUCCCUUCAUGGAAAGACGGACAACCAAAAGAAGAAUACCAAAGGUUACUGGGAUAUCGAGUACUGGACAACGGUGUUGAGCAGCAGGACAACUUUCUGAAGCGAAUGUCUGGCAUGAUUCGUCUGUAUGCAGCAAUUAUAAUGUUAAGAUGGCCAUAUGGAUCAAAGCAAGCAGAGCAUCCUCAUGGGCUGAAUCAUGCUUGGCACUGGCUGGCUCAGAUGUUGAACAUGGAACCACUGGCUGACAUUACUGCAACACUGCUGUAUGACUUCUUAGAGGUUUGUGGCAAUGCCUUGAUGAAGAAGUACCAGAACCAGUUCUGGAAGAUGAUCAUCCUGAUCAAGAAUGACUACUUCCCCAGGAUUGAAGCAGUUACAGGCACUGGGCAGGUUGGGGCUGUGAUCAGGCUGCGCCAGUUCCUGGAGAAAUGCUUGAAGCAAAAAGACUUUCCUCUGCCAAAGGGUUACUUGCAUCCUGCAUUCUGGAGAUCAUGACCAUAUAAAGGAUACAUUAAAAAGCCAAGGAAAUCAGAGCUGCUCAAGUCAAAGUCACUUCUUAAAAUUUUACAGUUACAUUAAACACAAGAUUUAAUUUCAUAGGGGUCAUUGGGCCUUUUACCAUUUAAUUAUUGGCUUUGCGCUGUCUCCUUGGUGCUGAUGUCUUUGUGCAGUGUAAACAAAGUUAUGUAGUUCUUUAAACCGUAAAAAUGACUCAUCGGGUAUUUAGGAUGUCACUAUUUCUGAACUGACCUGUGAUGAUUUGGUUGUUGACUGGUUUUUGUUUAUAUUUAUUAUAACGCUAUAUGGAGCUGACCUUGUCUAUCAUGAUGUGAAACAAUUGAUGUCCACCUUAACUAUAAAUUAAAUCAUUGAGUACAGUGUAAUGAAAACUGAGGACUGAUACACAGUAGCUGUGUUGUACAAUUCAGUGGUUUGAAGGAAACCUGGUAUAGUGCUGCAUGUUUAAACUUUAUGAAGAGAUAAUGACAUCUUACCUGUGUCCUUCUAUUGGACAUUAUUAAUGUCACUAGUGGACCAAUAUGUGAAUUGCAAAAUACUUUCCUUUUGUUUAGCAAAGUGCCUGUUUCAUUUUCUUUUGAAAAGGUUUGUCUUUGUAAAGUAGCAUUCCACCUCUUCCUGCCGAGCCAUUAAAUAUGAGCAGCUUGGAGGUGGGGAGGGAAAAAGCCAUCAAUAGCACUCUUCUGAUAUAGAGGAGAAUCACGUGUCUUUGAUAUUCCAAUACCACUGUCCUAUCCCUACAUCCCCUUUCACUGAAUACUGUUUGGGGAACUUGGCAGGUAGAUGAUUGAUGUGUUUAUUGGCUUCUACCUCCACCCCUUCUUGCUAUCUUUAUCAGUAGGGUAAGAGAAUAAUCCUUUGCUUGGAGCCACUACAAACAAGAGAGCUGAAAACUUGAAUACGAUUAUGAAGUUUUGUCUGGUCACUUUCUGGCCGUGACACGUUAAGCAGCAGUUCAAAUCUCUCUGGGCCUUUUGACCUUGCAUGCUAGUAUUUUUGGUCUAGAUUGCCCUCUAUUUUAUUUUCUUUAUCUGGCCCUACUCACAUUCUCCUCCUCUUUUCUCAUUCAUGUACACUGAAUACCCUUAGAAUCUCCUAAGCUGGAAAUUGUUGCCAAUACUAAACCUCUCAAUUGCAUUGUAUUUACAGCAAAGAAACAGGCCAUUUGGCUCAACAGACUCUUGCUGGUAUUCAUGCAUCUCUCAAUCCUACAUCUUGCAUAUCAACAUAUCCUUCUGUUACUUUCUCACUUACAUUUAACUAGUUUUACCUUAAAUGCAUCUAUACUAUUCACCUCAAGUGUUACUUAUCAUGCCAAGUUCCACAUUCUGGCCACGCUGUGACAAAAUAAAUUUAUUCUCAAUCCCUUUAGAUUUAUCAGUGACCAUCUCAUAUUUAUAGCCCUUAGCUAUGAUUUCAUCUGUUAAUGGAAAAAUAUUUUCUACAUUUACCCUAUCUAACCCUGAAGUUUAAAGACCUCUGUCAGGUUACCCCUCUCUCUAGAAGAGAAAAUGCAAUCAAACAUAUUUUUAUCCAAAAUAAAGUUAAAAAUUUUAGAUACCACAUUUUUUAAUUUUUUUAAAGAUUAAAAUAGAUUUACAGAAACUGAAGAUAGGUAUGAAACAUGAGUGAUUCAUAUGUAACUGGAGAAUAUUUAUUUUUGUGACAAAAUUCCCAAAUAAACAAAAUAGAAUUCUAUUUGUAAAUAAUUAUUGAAUAGGCUGUUAACCACUCGAAGGAAGUGAGUGGAAACCUUGAAUAAGUUAUGAGUGUGUUGAAGUGUUGUACUUUGGCAGUGCAGGGUAGCGUAUGAUACCCUGUUCAAACAGAACUGCACUUGUUCAGAAAUGAGCUGUUUUGACCUAGCACUAGAAAAUUAGGUGCUAAACUGCUUCAAUAACUGAGAUAUACUUUUAAGGGUUACUUCUCAACCAGGACUAUGAGAGUGGUGACCCAAAGCAGGCAGGAAACACAGCACAUUAUCUGCUAAAUAUCACACGUGUAGCCCUAAAGACCACAGGAAAGACAGUGAUGAGAAAUAACUGAGAAAUUUUUGAAUAUUUGAUUCCCAAGCAUUCGUAGGCUCACUUCACUGUUAAUGGCACCAUUUAAGGUCCUGUCUCGUGUUACCACCUUUUUGUGUGAAGAAAGUUAAAUUCAGUAGAAAUAAUGUAAACGUCCCUAAAUGUGGAGUGAUUUUUGUUUAGAAGGAUCAAUAUGUGGACAUCUUUAUCAACUACUCUGCACCAUGAAUUCAUUCUAAGGUAGUUAAUAAUGGGCUUGGCCUUCCCCUACUAGCACAGACUAAGAAUGUUCCUAAAUUCAAUACCAUAACUCAGCUGGGGUCAGGAAUGGCACACUACAAUUGACCUCUGCUCUCCUGGGAUAGGCAUGAAGGGGACCACCGCUGUAAAGUAUGAGUCAGUGUGAAAUAAAUGACAUCAACUGCUCAUGGAAGUUUGUGACCUCCUUCAUUUGAUCGUGUGCAGAAUUCAGUAUUUUAAUAAUCAAAUUAUAUUAAAUCACUUUUUAAAAACAUAUUUCAUUCUAAGAUGUUGAAGACCUGUCACUUAAAGCGGAAUAAAACACUGGCAAAGUAACCUGCUGCUACAUAUAUUGUACAUACUCUAUUUUGUAUUGUGGAAUUGACUGGUUAUGGUCAUAUUCUAAUUACUGUAAAAGAUCUGGCACAAGUCAGUGGUGAUCUAGAUGUCAACACUUUGUAUUAAGAACUUGUAUGUUAAUAUUCCAUUGCAGGAUAUUUUGAUGCCAAUUUCCCCGAUUGUUGCUCAUCAAUCGCACAGUCUUAAGUCUCCAAAUUCAGUUCCUCGUCUUUUGCAGAGUUACUUGAUCUGAAUCAAAGUGGCAAGAGUCCUAUUACUGACCCCUGCCACCCCCUCAAAAUAUCAUGUUAAAAGGGUUAAGGUAUUUCAUAGAAAUCAUAGGUUAUAACAUAGAAAAAGGUCAUUUGAUCCAUAGCCUGACAGGUUACGGCAGCUGAAGUGCAUAUCCAGACACCUUUUAAAUGAGUCAAGAACUUGUUUAUCUAAAUCCCUAGUCACUGAUUCUUUCUGCCAAAGAAAAUAGGCCCUUUCCAUCACUUUAUCCAAAUCUAUCUCAAUCAAAACUCCCUUCAUCCUCAUCUGUUCCAAUGAGAACAGUCCCACCCUAUGAAACAUUUCCCAACAGAUAAAUUUUACACUCUUGGCAACGUGCUCAUAAAUUUCCCCUGUAUCUUCUCUAGUUCAAUUAUAUCCUUUCUACGAUGAGCUGACCAGAACUGCACGUAGUAUUCAAGUUGUGGCACAGUUAUUGAUUUGUACUGUUCCAAUACAACCCCUCUACAAUUGUUUCCUAUACUCUGGCUAAUGAAGGAUCUUCCAUAUGAGAUCAUUAGACAUAGGAAUAGAAUUAGGCCAUUUGGCCCAUCGCUUCUGCUCUAUAAGUCAGUCAUGACUGAUAUCUUUCUCAACUCCAUUGUCAUGCCUUCUUGUAAUCUUUGAUCCGCUUGCUAAUUCUUAUGCUGAAUUACUUUUUAUGAUUUUUUUUUAAAGUCUGUAAUAAAUACUUAAGUACCCUGUACCUAACAUGGUGCCGACAGGCGACAUUACAAACCUUUCAAUGCAUUUAUUUGCAAGCACAUAACAAUAAAGGCUAAUUCUAAUCAAGAACCCAUCUAUCUCUG